CUCCCCCAGGACUAUGAUGAACAGGACACAAGCUAGCAGGAAGUGAUCUGUAUAAACUCCAAAGCCCAAAGCUUUGUCUGCAGCUCCCUGCUUCAGGCAACAAGAUGGGCUCCAUUUUCAGAGGGGAAGAGAUGUGCUUGGCUCAGUUGUUCCUGCAGUCGGGCUCUGAAUAUCAGUGUGUCAGUCGGCUGGGAGAACUUGGGCUAGUGGAAUUCAGAGACCUUAACCAAAAUGUUAACGCCUUUCACCGUCGCUAUGUCUCGGAAAUUCGGCGUUGUGACGACAUGGAGACAACCUUUGGGUACCUAGAACAGGAACUGCGCAAGGCUGGGAUGAAGAUGAAGGUUCCUGCAGAUUCUCCGGUGGCUCCUACACCCAAAGAUGCUCUGAAUAUUCAAGAAGAAUCAGAGCAGUUGGCAAAAGAGCUGAGGGAGGUGUCUGGGAACAGACAGACACUACGGGAACGCCUACGAGAACUGCGAGAGUAUGCCAACAUACUACGAGAGAGUCAGAGAUUCACGGGACCAUUGCCAGAGUCCGAGGUGUUUAGAGAGCGAGCUGACACUGACCCAUUGAUUGACCCUGCAGUAGCCUCGAGGCAGGACCUCCGAAUCAGUUUCAUGGCUGGAGUCAUUCACCCUUGGCGCAUGAACUCAUUUGAACGCCUACUGUGGCGUGCUUGCCGAGGAUACCUUAUUGUCAACUUUGUGGAGAUGUCUGAACCCAUGGAGGACCUGGUGACGGGUGAGAGUGUUACGCAGAUUAUAUUCCUGAUCUCAUACUGGGGUGAGAGAAUUGGAGAGAAGAUCAGAAAGAUUGCAAACUGUUUCCACUGUCAUAUUUAUCCGUACGCUGAAGAUGAGUCAGCCAGACUAGACAAGCUGAGGGAUCUCCUAGUCCAGAUUCAAGACAUGCAAAAGGUGCUGACCCAAACAGAGGGUUUCCUAAAUCAGGUUCUAAAUCUGGUUGCGGAGAAGUUGCAUGUCUGGAGAGUUAGCGUGAGGAAGAUGAAGCACAUCUACCAGAUUUUGAACAUGUGCAGUGUGCGAGAGCGAUGCCUUAUCGGAGAGGUCUGGUGUCCUGUGGCGGAUCUUCCUCGACUGCAGUCUGCACUGGCCCAACCUUCGGUGAGAGAGUUUGGUGGAGAAUCCUUCUGUCAACGCAUCCCUUGUGCCGUCAGCCCGCCAACUGUAAUCCGUACCAACAAGUUCACCUCAGGAUUUCAGGAGAUUGUGGAUGCUUAUGGUGUGGCCAGUUACCAGGAAGUAAAUCCAGCUCUUUUUACCAUCAUAACAUUCCCGUUUCUCUUUGCCGUUAUGUUUGGUGAUGUUGGCCAUGGGCUCCUGAUGUUCCUGUUUGCCCUUUGGCUAGUUCUUGGAGAGGAUAACCCAAAGCUGAAAAAUUCUGAGAAUGAGAUAUUCUCUAUGUGUUUUGGAGGCCGGUAUCUGAUUCUACUCAUGGGCCUGUUAUCCAUUUACACCGGUUUUGUCUAUAACGAAUGCUUCAGCCGGGCAACUGUCAUCUUUAAUUCAGGGUGGAGCGUUGCAGCAAUGGCCAGAGAUAAGAACUGGACGAGCGAAAUCUUGAGGAAUAAUUUUGUUCCUGUACCACUGGACCCCAAUAUAACCAAUGUCUUCACCAAUGUCUACCCAUUCGGCAUUGAUCCGAUGUGGAGCUUUGCCAUCAAUCGCCUGACAUUCCUGAACUCCUUCAAGAUGAAGAUGUCUGUUAUUCUAGGUGUCACCCAUAUGUCCUUUGGAGUGUUUCUGAGUAUCUUUAACUUCAUACACUUCAAGCAGAAGUACCGCAUCCUCGUAGUGUCCAUCCCAGAGCUGCUCUUCUUGCUUUGCCUCUUUGGAUAUCUGGUGUUCAUGAUUUUCUACAAGUGGUUUGCAUGGGAUGUAAAGGAAGCUCAGGGGGCUCCAAGCCUGCUCAUUCAUUUCAUUAACAUGUUCCUUUUCAGCCAGAAUAAGGACAACAAAGAUCUCUACACCGGGCAGGUAAAUGUACAGAAGUCUCUGGUGAUUGUUGCUGUGGCGUGUAUACCAAUUUUGCUGUUUGGAGAUCCACUUUAUCAAUACUUCCAGCACCGUAAGAAAAAAAGAGCGAGGCAACAAAUUGGGCAGGGCUUAAUAAAUGGCGAAAGGAGCGGUCUACUGGCGGAUGAGGAGAACCACGAAGAGAGCCACUCCGUUGACUUUUCAGACCAUAAGGACAAAGACAAACAUGGUGGUGAAGAGUUUGAUACUUCUGAAGUGUUCCUGCACCAAAUGAUUCAUACCAUAGAGUACUGUCUGGGCUGCAUCUCUAACACAGCAUCCUACCUACGACUCUGGGCGCUGAGUCUGGCUCAUGCACAACUUUCUGAAGUCUUAUGGCACAUGGUCAUGCAUGCUGCUUUCAGCAACUACACUCGUGUUUGGAGUAUCGUCAUUGUGCCCGUUUUUGCAUUUUUCGCGGUGCUGACGGUGGCUAUUCUGCUCAUCAUGGAGGGUCUCUCAGCCUUUCUACAUGCCCUCCGUCUGCACUGGGUGGAGUUUCAGAACAAAUUUUAUACUGGCAGCGGAUACAAGUUUACUCCAUUUGACUUUGAGACAUUCUAUUGAUUUUUUUUAGACCAUCAGGUCAUUUCUUACCAAAGCUUCUUUCUAAGAGGUCCAAUGGGCUGAAGAUAGGUGGACAAAACAGUGUGUGCUUAGUGAUGC